AUGGCGAAAUUAUCAGUACCCAAAACCCUAAAAUCAUGUAUUUGUGAUGGAAUUCUUUCUUCUUUACAUGAAAUUAAACCUAACCCAGAUAUUAUUCUAGGUUUGAUUGAAUAUUGGAGUUCUGAAACAAAUACUUUCCAUUUUCCAUGGGGUGAAGCUACCAUUACUUUGGAAGAUGUAAAUGUUUUGUAUGGUUUGCCUGUUUUAGGAGAAAAUGUGAAUUUUUCUACUUUUGAUGGUUCAUGUAAAAAUCUGGAAUCAAAAUUACAUAGAGUAAAAAGUGCUCUGUCAAUUAGUAGUAAUGAAAGUAAUGGUUGGAUUAAGUAUUUUAAUGAGCAGAAUGAUGAAAUGGAGCAUGUGGGGUUUUUGGCAUUUUGGCUUUCUAUGUUUGUGUUUCCUGUCAUUGAUGAUGGAUCAGUAGGAUCACAUGGUUUUCCGGUUGCUAUUCGCCUUGCUAAAGGGGCGAGGAUCGCCCUUGCUCCGGCUGUUCUUGCCUGUUUGUAUCAGAAUAUGUCCUUUCUUACUAUGCAUGCUGCUGAUUUUGAUUCUGCUAAGAAGGAGGUUUCUGUUCCUGGUCCAUUUCAGAUUUUGCAGCUUUGGGCUUUCGAAAGAUUUCCCUUGUUAGGGUCGAAAUUAGCAAGGCCUUUGAAUUUGGAGAAUUGGCGGUAUAGGUCUAUUGACCUUGAUGUUGGGAGGAUUUUGUCUGGUUAUUCGGGUGAUGUUGAUGAUGAAUUGAAAGCAUUUCAAGUGUGUUUGCUACCUCAGGAGUUGAUUGGGAUUGAUCGUACUGCAACAUGUCAGCCUCAUAGGGUCAUGAUGCAGUUUGAAUGUGGUCAAUCUGGUCAUAAGGUUAAGGUAGAUGCUGUAUUAACUAGCCCUUUAAAAUCAGGAAAUGUCAGAUUGCUUAAUGGUAAAAAGCCAUCUGAAGUGGGUGAUAACAUACCAAGGGAAGGAUCAAUUAGUGCUCAUGAAAAAGCGGUUAUUGAAGGCCUUGAGCAGGUGUGCAAGAAUGAUGAUCAUAAGAGGCCGAUACUAACAUGUGACGAGAAAACAGAAUCGAAUUGUAAUGAGGGCAGUGAUUCACUUGAACCAGCAGCAACUGUUAGUCCUGUAAGUGAAAUUCUGAAUCUUUCAGGUGGUGAGACUGGUGACAAUGGUACUAAAGAUAAAGUACAAAGUUUGGAAGGCCUGGUGGUUAUGGAUUCAGAUGAUGAGAUGGCUGAGAAAGCGGAGUUCAAAGAGGUUAUCCGGUCUAGGAGUAGUACAAAGAAGCUGAAAAGAAGGAUUGGGGAUUCAGCUGAUUAUCCCUUGUUCAUCAAUGAAUACUCAAACGCCAAAAAGGUAAAAAAGUCCGGUAUAUUUGGGAGUCCAAUUGAUGUUGAGAAUUACUGGCUGUGA